AUGGCAGACAUGGACAUUGACAACUGGGGAUUGUCCACGCCAUCGCAGGCCAUAGGACCAGGCCACUAUGGCACUCUCGGCGUGCACCAAAGCGCGAGCAACCGCGCUAUCAUGAAAGCGUACGAUGCGCUCGAGGCGAGGGCCAUCCAAGAGCUCACCUACGACGAGCCCACGGCUCAGCAGGAGGCCGCCAAAGAAGCGCCCCUCGAGCAGCUCCGCUCCGCCGCCAGAAUCCUCAACGACUCGAGGACCCGCCGGCUGUACGACAGGGAGCUCCGCGGUGAGAAGGUCGACUGGGACCACUGGGCCGCCAAAGCCCGCGACGCCUACAGGGGCUAUCGAGAUCUCGACACCCGUUCAUACGUCGACGCUAUCUACCAAACCCAUCCAACUUCUCCAACACGAACGGACCUACUCACCGUCCUAUCCCAGCCUGCCAGUCUCCGAGCAACCUAUCCAACCCGCCCCCGCGCCACGGACCUGCUCAUCAUCCAACUCGUAGCAGCCCAGUACGAUCUGGACAGAUGGAACGCUUUGAUGGAGGACUUGUACUUGCAGAUGAAGUUGCAAGAUGUCAAGGGACUUUGA